AUGGCAUCGAACGAGCAAACGUCUACGCCCUCCGGCUCGUCUUCAGCACCUUCCGCAAACGCUGUUCGAGUCUUCCUCCCACCCACCGCAUCCUCCUCAUCCUCAUCAACGAUUCAACCCCCGCUUCCGGCAGAAGACGACCUCAAGCCCACCCCUGAAGAGCUCAAGGCGGCGUUCCGCUCGACCAUCGCCCAGCGUCACGGUCCGGAUGCGCCACUGCUCACCCGAGCUCUGCGCGAGCGCGAAGAAGCCCGCCUCGGCCUUCACUCCUCUCGCAAUCGCACCUUUACCACCGUCCGCAUCCGCGUUCGCUUCUCCGACCGAACCAUGAUCGAAUCGACCUUCAACGAGGCGGAUACCAUCGAGGCGGUGUACGCCUUCCUCCAUGCGUCUCUCGACGAGGGUGUCCGGGGGAGAGGGGUGGUACUCUACACGGCCCCGCCGCGGGUCGAAUAUCGGAGAGAGGAUAAGAAGGUCAAGGGCAAGACGUUGAGAGAGUUGGGGCUGAUUCCAAGCGCAGUGGUCAAUGUCAAGUGGGAAGAGGUGAGGAUGAACUCGAAUGGCUUCCCGGCACCGUUGAAGCAGGAGCUGAGGGGUAAGGCGGAACCUGUGCCACCACCGCCCAGCUUCGAUCAGCCACCACCGACGGCAAACGCAGCAGCACAGAGUUCAAGUUCGACUACGGCAAAGGACGCAAAACCCAUGCCCAAGUGGCUUAAGAACAUUAGAAGUAACCUCGACGACAGAAACGAGCCGAACAAGCGACAGCGUCUCACGCCGCCCUCAGAGCGCGCGGCGCACGGAAUGGAACAAGUCGCCGUCCAGACGGACGGGCAGACGGACAUGCAACUCGAUUGA